AUGGGUGCUCAGAGUCGGACAGUGGAUGCUGAACAACUAAAACAAGAUCAGUUUGAUCAUGUGGAUACCAUUAGAGAAUUUGUCUCUGUGUUACAGUUUGAUCAUGUGGAUACCAUUAGAGAAUUUGUCUCUGUGUUACAGUUUGAUCAUGUGGAUACCAUUAGAGAAUUUGUCUCUGUGUUACAGUUUGAUCAUGUGGAUACCAUUAGAGAAUUUGUCUCUGUGUUACAGUUUGAUCAUGUGGAUACCAUUAGAGAAUUUGUCUCUGUGUUACAGUUUGAUCAUGUGGAUACCAUUAGAAAAUUUGUCUCUGUGUUACAGUUUGACCAUGUGGAUACCAUUAGAGAAUUUGUCUCUGUGUUACAGUUGUGCAGCUCUGUUCUGACUGAGACCAGGAUGACCUCUGCCGGCAAUGCCUCGCCGCUGUACAACAAAGUGGACUUACUGGUGGUGCCAGACCUAAGCGGUUGCACGUCUGCACCCGGACUGCUGACCGAAGGUCGUUCCCUUGGCGGGUUGUCUCCCCUGGGUAGUCGCCGCCCAAGCAGCGUGUGCUCCUCUAUCCUUGACCUGUCUGGCGAAGCUGACCAGCUGGAACGGGCCAUCAAAGACAACGACGUGGUGAUUACGAAGAGAAUCCUGCAACUGCAUCACGGCAAAUUCCCCGUCAACCUGCACGCCAGCAUUUUAGACAAGUCCAGUUGUGGGGCAAGGAGUCGAUGCAAUAGUCAAGUUAGUCAGGAUGUGGACAUUUUGCUGAGAAAGAGUCAGACAUUGAUAGACCGCUAUGACCGGCGGGAGAGCCUGACGACAGAGCCUGAAGUGCCACUUGUCUUCCGCACCUCGCUACACCUGGCCAUCCAGCACAACUCAUUGGAUGUGCUGAAGGUCCUACUGCGAUAUGGGAUUGAUCCGAACGAGCCUCGAAUGUGUACCCGUCGCGAGAGUUCAGCCUCUCAAAUACCCCUUUCCCCGACCCCCCGCGCCGCUUUGACCGCCGCCAGUCAGCAAUGGGCCUCUGGCCGUGCUCAGGCCAGUUUGAGUCCCAGUCCGGCCUUGCACGGCUCUCAGUAUCCCCAUAGCGGUGAGGGCCAAACUCUCAGUGAUGCCGGUAACAAAUUCAACCCGCUCCGUAUUGUUUCAGAAAAACCGUUCGAUUUUCCGGCGAAUUACCGCGCGAAUGAAUUAUUGAAUUUACCACCGCUAUACACAGCGGUGUCAGCGGGGAAAUUUCACGCUGUGCAGCUCCUCUUGCGGUACGGAGCUUUGGCAAACUGCGCUGAUAACCAAGGUUGUACGCCUCUGCACCUCGCCGCAUUCCCCGAGGUCUACAAUCGGGAGUGCGCCAUUCUGUUGCUGGCAAACGGAGGGCGUAUCGCUGCAAGAGAUGAUCAUGGUGUUACGCCGUUAGACCUGUGCCCAUCACUGCAGCACGAACAACGAAAUCUGGUGGGGAAUAUCCUCUCGGCUCAGCCGUACCCACGCAGUACUGAGCUGCUGCCGCUACUCUCUGACAGCAUCCAUCAUGCCAACAUUAAUAGCUGCUCAACCAAUGUCUCUCGAUUCUUCAAGAGACUGAACAGCGAUAGUCGUGUGAGAAGUAAGGACAAAAAGUGCAGAGAAAGUGGCUUUGGCUCUGAAAUGCGAGAGAGGGCUUCGUCAGCUGGAUCGUACCGUAGUCUCAAAGGUCAUCGAGAGCGAGGCCAAGUCAUGAUGGAAGACCGAGAGAGCGUGACAUCAGUGGAGGCUGUGUUACCACGUGACAAGUCAGGAAGUACAAAAGGCAAAAUGAGUUUCCGGCGCAGACAUCGAAGUAGUUGUGUCAACGAAGGUGAGCGAUCCAGCCUGGAGGACACGGAGCGGUCUUUAACACAGCUCAUUAAAUUAGCCGCAAAUCCGGAGUGCUUGUCAUCAAUACUGGAUAAACUGACUAGCUAUAUGCGGAUAGUGACGGGCUUCAUGGACCAGUCUCAGUCCUGUCCGCACAUCGAAAAGUCUGUCAGCGAGCUCUUCAAUCAAAUUAUCCAGACUUGUUAUGAACAGCUCCAGUCUUCAGGAGAGGAGAAGCACAAACUUUUCUUAGAGCUUUCGAAACUUCUGCAAACAGCAUUCGAAUUGCUGCGGGGGAAACAGUCCUUACAUUUCACGGCGCUUAGUACUAUAAACAGGAUUAUAGACAUGUGUAUAGUGCACAGGAACUAUGAGAUAGGAUCAUUGAGUAUUAGUACAGAAUAUCUGGCUGAAAGACAGCCCCAGCAUCCACCCUUAAGUAAACAGAAGUCUGACCCAGGUGCUAAGAUUGCUGAGGCCAGCUCCCGCCCAGAAGAAGGGGGCAUGGCUUCAGCCAGUCAGACUAAGGUGAAUGGACAUCGGAAAAGUGUGUCUCAUAUACAUGAUGUACAGGAUAGCAAUGUGGGAAGAGCUGAGGGUGAUGCAGAGGAAGACCCUACGGGAUGCAGAAAUGCUUUUGGGGUGCCAAUUAACCGCACACCGCUGGAGAUUCUUACCUCUGCUGACCCUAGUCACAUACUUAGCGUGCUUCAUAAUUCUAUUACAAUGCACAAAAGGAUUAUCGGAACUCGCCAGAAAUGCACACCCAGCACUAGGUGGCGCCACUGUACAUAUCACUGUUUGCAGAUACUUAGUGCCCGGAUACUAGCUGUGAUGUGUCAUGGUCCAAAUGUGCAACAUAAAAUUGUAACAAAUGGUCACAUGAAAACUUUGGUGGAUGCCUUGGACCCUAACCAUGAUCCACAUCUUUUGUGUUUAUUGCUGCAAUCCCUGGCCUGCGUAGCUCUAAACCCCAGCCAUCAUCAGGUACUGGCUGAGGCGGACUUGGCAGACAUGUUGAUGCAGCUUCUGCUACCGUCUGACGAGUGGUACUACACCAACCACAGCACCAAGUAUGCUCGCUUCGUCAAGUAUCACGCCGCACGCAUCCUCGUCUACAUGGGCCUGCUACAUAAACUAGGUGGCCGAGUAGACCUGUUUGACAGAAGACCCUUUAUGGACACAACAACAAACUCACUGCUCCAAGUUCAUUCCCCCGAGGACAGUUUUAUUGAGCUGAUGGCCUUGGGAAGGCUGGUGACCAAAAACGGCAGUAAUCACAUGACAUCAGCAUCUCUGGAGGGACUACUGGCAGAGGUCAUCCAGGAGGCAAUUGAGGAGGAUAGAACCAACAUCCAUGGGGCGCUGCUCUCAGCCUUACCCCCAGGCAGUCACAAGGGCUUCGUACAUUCCAGCCUUACCCCAGAGGAUUGCAUCAGAUCCCAGAAAAGGCAGUCUAUCAUCUCACCGUUUGUCUCGCCAGCCUGUUCCAUGGAGUUCUUAAACGCGUUAGAUAGCAAACCUUUCCGUGAAUUUGUUUUUAGUGCUUUGCCCAUAGUUGUUCAUCCAAUCAUUGUGUUACGCGUGAUAGCUCAUAAACUCUUUGGAAAUAUGAUUCGCAGAAAGACCAAGCUUUCCAAGACCCGCCUUCAACCACCCAAAGUACUUACGUCCGACUUCUGUCCCCCUCCCGUGCACUCGGACGAGUCAGAUGAUGAUGGUCUAAAGGAAGCCAGCUUAUCCAAGCGCAGAAAAGCCAGCAGUCUUCAUGUACAUAUCGCAAGCCCAGCGAAGGAGACGAUGCCUUCACAAGCCAAACCCGCUGCGGAGAAAGACGCGGCGAAGCUCAACACUACCAAAAGUAAAAAUGGUACCACAAAACUUGCUCUGCGAGCCAUCGGGGAGAGUUUGGUAACUCCCCUGGAGUUUAACAUUGGGCAGACCCUGGAAAGUCCGCCUUCUGAUAAUGGUGCUACGACUAUCCUGCCAGAAAAUGCAAUCAAAUCCAGCAGCUCUAAGAAACUGUUCAGGUGGUCCAGUAAGAAGCGGCUGUCCAAGUCCCAUGUAAACGUGUCGGCAGUGCAUCGUGACAGCAUCGCUAGUCAGGGGAGCCAGCUGAGUCACAAGGGCUCCAGUUCCUCCUCUACACCUGACGUUGAUGUCAUAGCCUUCCAGCGAGAACUCAUCAACCUGCCCACCUUUGUCAUGGAUACACCAAAUGCAGAUAUUUCACCAGUAUUUUCUCGCUCCAGCUCAGUCCCAGAUAACUUGGCCAGUAGGGGCGGAAUGCCUCCGUUGGACAGUAACGAAUUGGUGCUACAAUCUACUUGUAAUUCAACUCCACCGAGUGCUUUAGCAAUACAGUCAGACCAGCUGCCCAGUCUGUGUGACUUGGUAAGCUUGCCUAAGUCCGGGUCAGUGGUGACCAUCACCACCACAGAUGUGGACAGUCCGUCAUUACCAACAGCUCAAAUGGACAGUGAUUCCGCCGACGAGAAAACCACCAAUAUUUUGGUUCAUUUUGAGGCCCCGGCUUCUCCGGGUGGCUCCAGUCCGAGCCAGAGCCCCAACCAUGUGUUUGAGUUCCCAAGUCUGCCUACAACCGGCAGUUUUAACAUCAAUCAGUUGUAUCCAGGCAGGGAAAGUGCCCUGACGUCAGCAGCCAACCUCAGCCCAACGGGCACACGCCCUAACCAGUUAGCCCCCAACCAGUUGACUAUCAUGUCACCCACAACCUCCUCUCCCAGUGGCUCAGAAAAGUCACCUCAAUCGGUGGCCCCCUAUGCCCUUAAGUCCACGCCAGUGUCAAGCCCUACGGGGGACAUCCCCCUCCCCCACAAGGGCAUCAUUAAGGUGAUGGAGACUUGGAUUAACAUCUGUAAGUCAGACUUGGAAUGUGGAAGUCUGAUUAGUUCUGAGAUGAAGGAUUUCCUAACCAAAUUGUCUGUGCUGGGUCAUGAAUAUAAAGCUUGGUGCUACAAGAUUAGCAACCUGCUUCAGUUAGAGGACCCUGACGAAGCCAAUAAAUCCUCGGAGAGUGUUGAUGGCUCUGACAAUGUCCACACCCAGUAUAGAAAGCUGAAGCAGUUAGUGGUCAGCGGAGAGUUGCCAUGCUCCAAAGAGGAAGCAGCCACAUUGGCAGGAAUCCAGCUGCAUGUUGACGAGACAUGGCCAGACGAGGAGAACACCAGCACGCCCGACGACAUGGCUCAGCAGCAGGACAGCGACGGACAACUCACGGAUAACGUCAAGUACCUCAGCGAAAAACAGGAGAACCUCAAGCGCAAAAAGGAGCUCAUACGUACCAACCGCGCCAAGAAACUGUCGAGCAGCCGUCUAGGGAGGCGUGGGAAGCUGGUGAAACACCUGACAUGUGUCAGUGACCAUGAGCCAGAGCUUGUGACUGAAGUGGACUUGAAACUUUACCUACCUCCAGAGUACACGACGUCAAGGAAGAUACGUGAACUAAUAGAGGAAAAGCAGAAGAAGUUGUGGCAUACUCCUUAUUAUGAAAAUGAAUUGAAGUUGAAGCAACUGUACAUUAAAAUCUGCAAAAAUUUGCCAGCCUAUAACUGUAAAUUAUACCAGGUGAAGGAGAUACUGCGAGGAAACACGCAGAAAAAGGUAUCUCGUCUACUGGGCGUAACCAGUAAUAAGAUCAUCCUGCUCGACACCAAGACCAAGUUCCUGGUCAAGUCUCAGAGUAUCAGUGAUCUGGAAUGGUCGACGGGCAGUGGCAAAUGUAACGAUGACUUAGUGCUGGAGUUCAGAGGCACCAAGCCCUGGAUGUUGUCCACACCCUCCUCAGAGAAUCUCAAGUCCGUCACGGCAGCGCUCUGGGAAGCUCUGGACAUGAAGGCCCAUGCAUUCAUCCUCAAUAAUGGCAUCUUCCAGAGAGGAAACCUAGAUUUCGCUGAGUUUAACCGACGACAGUUGAGCCUUCGUCCAGAGCUGGAGAGCUCCAGCAUGUACACAGAGGAGCUAGAGAGCUUACAGAAGAUGCUUCAUUUCCCUGAAGAAGUGGCCCUCAUGCUCACACAGACAGAACACAAACUGUUCAACAACGUACCUCCUGCUCACUAUAUCCGCCAGGUUACACUGGAACUCUCCCUGAGGGCGAGUUCUGGAUCCCAGCCCACCGUCAGAGAUCUUAUACAGAGGUUUAGCGAGGUAAGCUCAUGGGUCACCCACAUCAUCAUCACACAACCCACCCACGAAGACAGGAAGGCUGUAUUAUCCUGUAUCCUUCGACUUGCUAACUACUGCUGGAUUAUUGGUAACUUCAACUCCGCUGUGGAGAUUCUUGUCGGCCUAAAAUCAGAGAAGCUGAAGCCCUUCUGGUUGUCCAUCUCUAAGGAGGACCUCUCCACAAUGUCCAUGCUUUCAGAUGCCCUCCUCUCCCAUGAGCCCACACCAGAAUACAGGGAGGCAGUCAGCCGUGGACUGGACAUUCCAGGCUGCCAGGUCAUCCCUUUCUUUGGGGGGUUCCUGCGUGACUUACGAGCAAUCUUCGCAGGGGUGCCCAGUAUUGUUGUUCUACCUUCAGAGGAGAACCAAUCUCUAGAGUUCAUCUCUGAUUACAAUGGUGAGGAUCGUUUCAUGACGAGGAUUGGGGUAGGAGGGCUGAUUAACCUGGACAAGAUGAAGCAGGCUCACACCGUGAUGAAUGACAUCCACCUGUUCCAGCACCACGGCCACAUGCAGGAGCUCUACGCUCAGGACCUGACCGAUGGCAGAGACUCAGAGGUGUCUGAUGAGGACUAUGACAGUGACUCGGACAGCGAUUAUGACCUUGACCUUGAUGCCUACCAGCCCAUCCGCCCUGUGAACAACGAACAUGACGUGACUUUCAUCACCGCCAAACUGUCUGGUCUGGACCACCACACCCUACAGUGCAUGAACCAUGGGAGUACUGUGAUACACUGGGAACCCGACAGCGGCCGCUCACAGAUGUGCUGCUUCAAACUGGAGGGCAACAACGGGGUGGUCACGUGGCAUAAACCCAUGUGGAGUGCCCUUAAGGGGGGCUCCGUGCCAGACUACGUGUUGAAGGGGGACUUUGAGUCAGGGCCAUCUAAGGGAUUGUGUGAGAGGUACUGUACUGGUGAACUCGUGGACGAUGGACUGGAAGAAGGAUACAUUGAUCUCUCUGUCAUCAAGGACGUGAUCUUGGGGGAUGAGUCAUGUGACCUGUCAUCUGUGUCAAGACGUCAUGCCAUCGACGUGUCAAACAGUAAAAACUGUAUAUGUGUGCACUAUGGCUCCAACAUAGCGGAAAACAAAGUGCUUUAUUUUGUGGCACCGCUGUUGAUGGCGACUGUGUGGGCACGUGGACUUCGUAAACUUGUAAAGGCAGCUCAGAAGUUAAAAUUGCAGACUGAUAGGCGUAUUCAUUGGCUGAAAGUGCAGUACCUCAAACUGUACUUUGAGUACGACAAAUGUCAAGGACCAACUCCAGCAGAAGCCAUAAAGGUGUUUGGUGGACGUCGAUGGUCCUCUGGCCCUCAGUCCACAACUCAGACUAUAGAACCUCCCUCAGUCAAACGCACCCCCAGCUUUAGCAUGGGCUCUACCAUCUUCAAGAAAAAGGGCAGCAGUGGACUGGCAACCAUAAGGGAUGCAAGCCCAAAACGAACCAGCCCUGUUAUUACCAGUUAUUCUAGCAACCACAAUGGUGGGGGUGAGGUUACGUCUAAAGGCAGCACUAAGGUGAAGAGCACGCCCAGUCCCAUGAGGAAGGGCAAGGCAGAAGUGGCCAGUAAGUCCAGUAUGAGUGACUCUGUGCUCAGUCAGCCCCACCGUCACGGCUCUGCCCUCGGCUUCCGGCCUCGCAACCUCACCUACAGCUUCACAAACAGGUACCGAUCGCGGAGACGGCGUAUGUCGCUGGGCUGCAGGUGUGCGGAUAACAAGAUCAAUGAUAUCACACACUCCACUCAACUGGCAUUCCUGGACUUUGUAGAUCUGUUUAAAUCAUUCAGUCUGAGGUGUCGUAAGGAUCUCAAGGAACUGUUUGAGCAUUUUGCCACGACUAGAGUGGCGGACACGCUACAGACGCCUGUGCUGUGGGCUCCCAGAAACAAGGAUAUGGGGCAGCAGGAUAACACCAAGCGGAGAAAAAUCUGUGAUGCUAUUGCAGUAGCCAGUAUUGUGUCCAAUUCUGCAGGGGUGGAAUCCUCACAACGACAGUGUUUAGGGGUGGAGAAGCUACAGGAGGUGUUGGUCAAGUUCCAGGAGGAGCAAUUGGAGGAAGAUGAGAUCAUAGAAUUGAUACAGCUUCACGAACCAGAUGCCAAUCUGCGAGAGCGGUGUUGUUUGUCAUUUGAGGGAUUUGCUCAAUUUCUGAUGGAUAAGGAAAACUACGCUUUCUGCUAUGAGAAAACAAAGCACACAGAUGAGGACAUGGACCAUCCUCUGUCUCACUAUUACAUCGCAACAUCUCACAAUACGUACCUGACAGCCCACCAGCUGAGAGGCGAAUCGUCUGUUGAGCUCUACAGCCAGGUACUGCUGACGGGCUGUAGGUGUGUGGAACUGGACUGCUGGGAUGGAGAUGAUGGAGCACCCAUUAUCUACCAUGGCCACACGCUCACCACAAAGAUAUCAUUCAAGGCAGUUUGUGAGGCCAUCAACAGAAGUGCAUUUGUUACCUCCCCUUACCCAGUCAUUCUCUCCAUAGAAAAUCAUUGCUCAUUGCCUCAGCAGCAGAAGAUGGCGCAGAUAUUCACAUCAGUGUUUGGUGACAAGCUCGUAACUUCCUUCCUGUUUGAAUUUGACUUCGCUGAAGACCCCCAACUUCCAUCACCAAACCAGCUCAAAUACAAAAUCCUCAUCAAGAACAAGAAGUUGAGAGAGUCCGACAACACAGCUUUACCAAAGAGAGUGUACGCCCAUUUUCGCACAAACAGCGUCAUCUCCACAGAAAGCUCCCUGAAUGAUGAUGAUGACUAUGAUGAGGAUGAAGAAGAUGAGGAGGAUGUGGCUGUCUUGAAGGAGUUAUCCAAGCAGGCGGGUAGCCCGUACCCUGGAGGACUGGACCACCACAAAGCUGUGCACUCUCUCAGGACUCGCACAGACUCCUUUGAGGACUCAGCUGAAGCCACAAGGUGUGUGCAGAGUGCAAUAAGAGUUCGAUCAGAAUCUCUUGGAGAUAAGCCACGCCCCCGUAGUCAACCCGAGCUAGACUGGCAGUUCGAUGAAGAGCUGCAGGAGUUACGUACAUUGGCUCAGCCGCGGGUGAAGCAGAAGAAGGCGAGUCAGAUAGCACAAGAGUUGUCAGACUUGGUUGUCUAUACACAAGCUGUCAAAUUUAGAGGUCUGUGUGCCAGUCCAAACACCUCCCUUAAACAGAAGAAAGCUGUCACUAGGAAGAGUCUAUUGGCCGGCACCCUGGGGACAUCUCCUAGUACACCUAGUAUUAUGACCACAGUGACGGAGAAGGCAGAACUGAGCAUUCCACAUAUGGUACCAAAGCGACGCACAGACAACACACCUCUGUCUCACCAGGUGUCUUCUAUGAAUGAAAACAAGGCUAAACAGCUGUGCAGGAGACAUCCCACCGCCACGAUCAACCACACAGAGAGGCAGCUAAUGAGGACCUACCCUGCAGGUAUGAGGAUUGACUCCUCCAACUUCAACCCGGUCAUCUUCUGGGCGUUUGGUAUCCAGAUGGUUGCUCUCAAUUACCAGACUGAAGAUAUAGCAAUGGCUCUGAACAGUGCGAUGUUUGAACAGAAUGGCAGGAGUGGAUAUGUACUUAAGCCUAGUGUCAUGUGGGACAAAAGUCAUGUCAUGUACAACAGAUUUAAUCCCUGGGACAAAGAGUUUGAUGGACUCCAUGCCACCACUUUGAAUAUUGAGGUGAUCUCUGGUCAGUACGUCUGUGCUAACAAUGCAGCCAGUGUCCAGGUAGAGGUGGAAAUCCUGGGAAUCCCAGUGGACUAUGCUAAGCACAAAACAAGGGUGGUCUUCAAAAAUGCCCUUAACCCUAUCUGGAAUGAUUCGUUUACAUUUCAGGUGAUGUUUCAUGACUUGGCCUUCGUGCGGUUCGUUGUCAUAGACACAAACACUAACCACAUGGUAUCUCAGAGGAUCAUAGCUGUGAACCACCUGGCUCCAGGCUACCGGCAUGUUCGUCUCAAAACGCCGUCCAAUCAGCCGUGUGAACUGUCAACGUUGUUCAUCUACACGAAGACGGAGGAGGACCAGAUGGAACAGCUUACCCUUAACGGGACAGGCCCGCCCCACAGUACACAGCGCAAGUCACUGUUCUUCACUAAGAGAGACCCACCAGACAUUGGCACGGCUAGCAGCCCCAGUGUACAGAAGCUGAAGAGACGGAUGUUUUUUAUCAGUGUGUUUGGAGUUACCUCCCCUGAUGAGUAUGUCAUCCUGAAGGUCACACAAGAUACGCUAGUGGUUGAUGCCAUUAGCCAGGCCCUGUGUAAGGUUGGAAAGACAGAUGCUAAGGUGGAGGAUUUUGUACUGGUGGAAGAUGUACACAGUGGCUGGGAGAAGAAAGACCAGGAGAAGAUUGGCCAGCAGAGGAUCCUGAGCAUGCAGGAGAGAGUUCUGCAGUCUCAGAACAAGUGGAAGGGCUCUGGCAAGUUCAUCCUCCGUAAGAAGAGUGAUGACCCCAGCAGCAGAGCCUGGAUGACCACCAUUAUGAACAAAGAGCGGCAAAAAUCUGAUGCCACAGAUGAGGAUUCCAGUGACUGGGACUCUGAGGAGAACAUGUUCCUGGUCUGUGUGUAUAACGUGUCCCCAGAGCAACCCUACACCAUCUUCAAGGCUCCCACCUCUAGCACUGCACAGGAUAUCAUAGCUCAGGCUAUGGUAAAGGCACGACGGGCUGAAGACCCCAGACAAUUUGUCCUCCUUGAGGAACUCGAGUCAACCCAGCCAUUGUCCAGCCAGUCAGGGACGGGACGACGGAGAGGCAGUGACAAACAAGAGAGGCGCAUCUUGACAGAUGAGGAGAAUGUCUUUCAGGCGCAGAGCGAGUGGAAGACCAAUGGCAAGUUCAUGCUCAUUGACAAGGAAUCUGUGGAGGUGGAGUUAGAUGCCAGUGUGCGCAAGUCUGCUUUGAACCAGAAGAAGAUUAUGCUGCUUCAUGGACGAGGGAAAGACAAGAAGCAUCGUCUGAAGAAGAUACCAAAGACUUUACCUGGAGGAGAACAAGCUUACAGCCCUACCCUACAGGAAGAGUUACAGAGGAAAACCUCGCCACUGGCUCACCUCAGCCCUAGCAGCAGCCCUACCUUCCCCACAGAGACCAAGACCAGUGCUUCCAAGUUCAAACGACUCUCCUCCAAAUUCAGCUUCAAGGUUGGCAAGUGAGCUUCUCUGAUCAGGCUAGAUAUCUCCAUGGAGGACUUUUCAUUGACUGUGAAACCAUGCAGAGACGAUUUCAUGACAAUUUUUGCAACUUUUUGUACUGGAACAAUUUUUUUACUACUUAAACAGUGUUGGACAAUACUGAUGAUGACGUUGUGGAGAGGCCGGAAAAAUGCAGAGAUGUUCCCCCAAAGACCAAAAAUUAUAUGAAUACGUGACAAAUUUUUAAUUAUGUAUAUCCCCCUCCCCCCCAUCUUGCUGGAGUCAAGACAGUAUUGGGGGGGCCUGGUUGUGCCCUGCUACCUUUCCUGUGUGUGCAAUAGUGUCCGCCUCACAAACCACCAGACUUCUGUUUUAUUUGUAUGUUUUUUAUAUGGAGCUUAAGCCUGUGAUACAACUUAAGUCAGUGGGACUUAUGGA